AUGCCGGAGCUGCGAAGAAUCUUUCUGCCGAGCGGAUUCCCGGCGACGACGAGCGCGGAUUACGUCGAAUGGUUGCGCUGGCAGCUGUUGUCGCUGCUGUUUAGGGACGUGCUGGAGAUAAUGAGCGCGCAGUCGCUGCUGGUGGCGCUGGGGAUGGGAAACACGCCGGGGGCGCUGCCGCUGACGGCGGCGGCGAAGUGGGUGCUGAAGGACGGCGUGGGAUCGUUCGCGACGCUCAUCGCGGGGUCGUUCGGGGGACAGAGGUACGACGAGGACCCGAAACGAUGGUGGGGGUUGUCGAAUACGCUCGAGGACGUGGCGCGAGCGAUAGAGUUGGUGACGCCGGCGGCACCGGGGUUGUUUUUGCCGUUGGCGGCGUCGGCGACGUUUGUCAGAGCGGCGGCGUUGACGGGACGAGGGAGCCUGUUGAACGGGACGUUCAUGCAACAUUUCGGGCGAAAUAAUAAUUUAGGGGACAUUCGUGCCAAACUCGAGGUACAGGGGCGAUGGUUGGCGCUCAUAGCGCUUCCGGCGGGGAUUCAGGUGUUUCAGCUCGUGAGCGCGGCGGCGGCGGAUCUCGCGGCGGAUGGCGACGAGUUCGGCGCGUUCGUCGCGGCGUUCGGUGCCUAUGGUGGCGUCAUCGGCGUUCACGUGUUCGCGUGUUGGCAAGCGGCCAAAUCGCUGAAGUUUGAUACGCUCAAUCGGUUUCGAUUGUUGAAGCUCGCGGAGGCGUUCGUGGCGAACGAGGACGAGGAACUUCCCGACUGCGUCGUCGUCGCCGACAUGGAGGGCGUGUACAAACCGCGUCGCACGGCGACGACGCCCUCGUACGGAGCAUCACCGAGCGAAAUCGGCGAGGAUUGGAACGCGUUCACCGACGCCCACGCGACGUCACGCGAUAUGCUCGCCGCCGCGUUAGCGUGUCAAAAGCUUCGCGUGGACGAGACAAAAUCGAGAUCCCGUGCGUACGCAUACGCUGACGAGCGCGUCGCCGACUUCGAAGCGUCGAUGAUUCGAUCAGGUUGGAAGGUUGACUACGUCCAAACCGGCGUGGCGCCGCGUUUCGCGAUGAGCGUCGACGAAUCGUGA